AUGCUGAGCGGCGCAGGCCUGGACAAGGCGCUUAGGAUGUCCCUGCCGCGGAGGGCGCGGAUCGGCUCGUCCGUGGGACCCGUUCGCUCUUCGGGCUACAAGAAGGCAGAGGAUGAGAUGUCCCGGGCCACGUCUGUGGGAGACCAGCUGGAGGCACCGGCCCGCACCAUUUACCUCAACCAACCGCAUCUCAACAAAUUCCGCGACAACCAGAUCAGUACAGCCAAGUACAGCGUGUUGACAUUUCUACCUCGAUUCUUGUACGAGCAGAUUAGAAGAGCUGCUAAUGCCUUCUUCCUCUUCAUUGCCUUAUUACAGCAAAUUCCAGAUGUAUCUCCAACAGGACGAUAUACCACCCUGGUGCCAUUGAUCAUUAUUUUAACAAUUGCAGGCAUCAAAGAGAUUGUAGAAGAUUUUAAGCGACAUAAGGCAGACAAUGCUGUUAACAAAAAGAAAACAAUAGUGUUAAGAAAUGGUAUGUGGCAUACCAUUGUGUGGAAAGAGGUGGCAGUGGGCGACAUCGUGAAAGUCCUCAAUGGGCAGUAUCUUCCAGCAGACAUGGUCCUGCUCUCCUCCAGUGAACCUCAGGCAAUGUGUUACGUUGAAACAGCAAAUCUCGACGGCGAGACAAACCUUAAAAUACGUCAGGGUUUGAGUCACACUGCUGACAUGCAAACAAGGGAUGUGUUAAUGAAGUUAUCUGGAACUGUAGAAUGUGAAGGGCCCAAUCGCCACCUCUAUGACUUCACUGGAAACUUGAACUUAGAUGGAAAAAGCCCUGUUUCCCUUGGGCCUGACCAGAUCUUAUUAAGAGGUACACAGCUUAGAAAUACCCAGUGGGUCUUUGGCAUAGUUGUGUAUACUGGACACGACACCAAGCUCAUGCAGAAUUCAACCAAAGCACCUCUCAAGAGAUCAAAUGUUGAGAAAGUGACCAACGUGCAGAUCCUGGUAUUGUUUGGAAUCCUCUUGGUCAUGGCGUUGGUGAGCUCAGUGGGGGCUCUGUACUGGAAUGGGUCCCAUGGUGGAAAAAACUGGUACAUCAAGAAGAUGGACGUGAGCUCGGACAACUUUGGAUACAAUCUGUUGACGUUCAUCAUUUUGUACAACAACCUCAUUCCCAUCAGUCUGUUGGUGACCCUUGAGGUUGUGAAAUACACACAAGCCCUCUUUAUAAAUUGGGACACAGAUAUGUAUUAUCUAGGAAAUGACACUCCUGCAAUGGCCAGGACCUCAAACCUUAAUGAAGAGCUUGGCCAGGUAAAAUACCUAUUUUCCGACAAGACUGGAACUCUUACAUGCAAUAUCAUGAACUUCAAGAAGUGCAGCAUUGCUGGAGUAACCUAUGGUCAUUUCCCGGAGCUGGCGAGAGAGCCGUCCUCUGAUGACUUCUGUCGUAUACCACCUCCCCCUAGUGAUUCCUGUGACUUUAAUGAUCCCCGGCUGUUGAAGAACAUUGAAGAUCACCACCCCACAGCCCCUUGCAUUCAAGAGUUCCUCACCCUGCUGGCGGUGUGCCACACUGUGGUCCCCGAGAAGGAUGGCGAUAACAUCAUCUACCAGGCCUCUUCCCCAGAUGAAGCUGCGCUGGUGAAGGGAGCCAGGAAGCUGGGCUUCGUCUUCACGGCCAGGACACCCUACUCCGUCAUCAUCGAGGCGAUGGGACAAGAGCAGACAUUUGGAAUCCUUAAUGUUCUGGAAUUUUCUAGUGACAGGAAAAGAAUGUCGGUGAUCGUUCGAACUCCUUCAGGACAACUUCGGCUCUACUGUAAAGGGGCUGAUAAUGUAAUUUUUGAGAGACUCUCCAAAGACUCAAAAUACAUGGAGGAAACAUUAUGCCAUCUGGAAUAUUUUGCCACAGAAGGCUUGAGGACCCUAUGUGUGGCUUACGCUGAUCUCUCUGAGCAUGAUUAUGAAGAAUGGCUGAAAGUCUAUCAGGAAGCCAGUACCAUACUGAAGGACAGAGCCCAGCGGCUGGAAGAGUGUUACGAGAUCAUCGAGAAGAAUUUACUGUUACUCGGAGCCACAGCCAUAGAAGACCGCCUUCAGGCCGGGGUGCCAGAAACCAUAGCAACUCUGCUGAAGGCAGAAAUUAAAAUAUGGGUGUUGACAGGAGACAAACAAGAAACUGCAAUUAACAUUGGAUAUUCCUGCCGAUUGGUGUCACAGAAUAUGGCUCUUAUCCUACUAAAGGAGGAUUCUCUGGAUGCAACGAGGGCGGCCAUCACGCAGCACUGUGCUGACCUGGGCAGCCUGCUGGGCAGGGAAAACGACGUAGCCCUCAUCAUCGACGGCCACACGCUGAAGUACGCGCUGUCCUUCGAAGUCCGGAGAAGCUUCCUGGAUCUGGCGCUGUCGUGUAAAGCGGUCAUCUGCUGCAGAGUUUCUCCUCUGCAGAAGUCCGAGAUAGUGGACGUGGUGAAGAAGCGGGUGAAGGCCAUCACCCUGGCCAUCGGGGAUGGUGCCAACGACGUGGGCAUGAUCCAGACGGCACACGUGGGAGUGGGCAUCAGCGGGAACGAGGGCAUGCAGGCCACCAACAACUCGGAUUACGCCAUCGCACAGUUUUCCUACUUAGAGAAGCUUUUGCUGGUUCAUGGAGCCUGGAGCUACAACCGUGUGACGAAGUGCAUACUGUACUGCUUCUACAAGAAUGUGGUCCUGUACAUCAUUGAGCUCUGGUUCGCCUUUGUUAAUGGAUUUUCUGGGCAGAUUUUAUUCGAACGUUGGUGCAUCGGCUUGUACAAUGUGAUUUUCACCGCCCUGCCGCCCUUCACCCUGGGGAUCUUCGAGAGGUCUUGCACUCAGGAGAGCAUGCUCAGGUUUCCACAGCUCUACAAAAUCACCCAGAACGCCGAAGGCUUCAACACAAAGGUUUUCUGGGGUCACUGCAUCAACGCCUUGGUCCACUCCCUCAUCCUCUUCUGGUUUCCCAUGAAAGCGCUGGAGCACGAUACUCCAUUGACCAGUGGACAUGCUACCGACUAUUUGUUUGUUGGAAACAUUGUUUACACGUACGUAGUUGUUACUGUCUGUCUGAAAGCUGGUUUGGAGACUACAGCUUGGACUAAAUUCAGUCAUCUGGCCGUCUGGGGAAGCAUGCUGACCUGGCUGGUGUUUUUUGGAGUCUACUCAACCAUCUGGCCCACCAUCCCCAUUGCUCCUGACAUGAAAGGGCAGAUCCAGGCCGGUGUGUGCACACCCGGGCCCAACAGGCAGACCGUCUGCGAGGUUUCUGCACUGAGGAGGUUGGAUGUUUGUGCAUCACCCACAUUAGCAGGACGACACUAG